UUGCCACCACUGAAGAGCUUGAUGGCGGGAUCUUGCGAGAUCAGCAACAUCUUCUCCAACUACAUCAGCGCCAUGUACCAGGCAGAUGAGGGGCAGCCAAGCCUGGAUGUGCUAGGACAGCAUGGGAAUGACAGCACUCUGGGGUUGAGUGUCCCCACCAGCCAGCCUUCGGCAGAGAGCGCAGAAAAGCCGGAGUGGUUCAGUGAGCUCCCGUACUUCUGGACCAAGGUGCAAGUGCUAGAGUGGAUCAGCUACCACGUGGAGAAGAACAAGUACGACGCGAGCUCCAUCGACUUCUCCUGCUGCAACAUGGAUGGGCACACGCUGUGCCACUGCACAAGGGACCAGAUGCGCCUCAUCUUUGGGCCCCUGGGGGAUGAACUCUAUGACCGCCUGCAUGAGAUUACCUCUGACGAGCUUAACUGGAUCAUUGACUUGCUGGAAAAAGAGGAUGCGACUUCCCAAGAGACAUUCCUGGAUACCACCCACCUGGAGCUGGGAAAUCCCGGUGCCAAGGACUCCCUGGAGGACAUGAAGUUCCCAAGCCCUUUCCUCUCCACAGACUUCACCUGCUUGCCUGGUGCCAUGUCUCCAGACAGCUCGGAUACCUCAGGGCCUAUGAUGUCUCACAGCCCCAAUUCCCAGGACUCCGGUGGAAGUGACCUUGACCUUGACUUCGACUCUGCAGAAGCAAAGCUCUUUCCUGAUGACAGCUUUGCAGGUGGCAAGAAAGGAGACACCAAACAUGGUAAGCGGAAACGAGGACGACCCAGAAAACUCAGCAAAGAAAGCAGAGACUGUCUGGAGAGCCGGAAAAGCAAGCACUCCCCAAGAGGUACCCAUCUGUGGGAGUUUAUCCGGGACAUUCUGAUCCACCCUGAGCUGAACGAAGGGCUGAUGAAGUGGGAGGACCGUCGGGAAGGUGUCUUCAAGUUUCUGCGCUCAGAGGCAGUGGCUCAGCUCUGGGGCCAGAAGAAGAAGAAUAGCAGCAUGACCUACGAGAAGCUGAGCCGAGCCAUGCGGUAUUACUACAAACGGGAGAUCUUGGAAAGAGUUGAUGGGCGACGGCUGGUCUACAAAUUCGGGAAGAACUCCAGUGGCUGGAAAGAGGAGGAGGUAUUGAACAGGAACAAAGAACUGUAAAGAUCCUGGAUGAAAGGUCCUGGCAAACCCCCCAGGACCUGCCUUGAACCUGGCUCCUUGCCAUGAAACUUUGCCUACGGUUGGAUCUGGAAGCUGCUGCCCUACGCAGCGUGUGAGACUCCAGCCCCCUUGUGUGGGCACAGAUGUGCACGCUGGUGACUGCCAGCACUGAGAUAUUUAAAGCUAAUAUUUUGGCUCYAGUAGGUUAUUGUAAACCAUUAUUUCCCUCGUUGGAUUUAUAUCACCAUCUAGAGUUUCUGUGACUUUGGCUGUGUCAAAGCCUGGAUAAAGACAAAGGGGAAAAGAAAUCUGGGU